GUCCACCAAUCACUCAAGAACUACAUGUGCGAGAUUCACUCCAUGGUCGUGGAAGGCAACAAGGCAUACUGUCGCCUCCGUCAUUAUGGAGAACACACCAAGCGUCCCAUUAUGGGAUUAGAGCCCACCGGUCGUGAGGUUUCCUGGACCGGUGCCAUGGAGUUUACUCUGUCUUCAGAAACAGGAAAGAUCCAAACCGUUUGGGAACUCGGUGACAUGAAUCUCAAAGCCGUAUUGGAAGAGAAUGCCACCAUGCAGCAGCGGCAAUAUUUUGGUGACAACCAAAACAAUAUCAACAUCAAUGGAGACGACAGUGUCGCAACGGCUCAGGCCUUCCCGGCGUCGGAUGUGGGGAGUGUCGAUGACAUUGGCUCUGUAGCUGCCGUCGUUGCUCAAACAAGGGAGCAUGUCGAUGACAUUAGCUCGGUAGCUGCCGUUGUUGCCCCGGCUGCAGCUGCGAGGGAGCCUCAGGCUUUUGCCAGGAGACAUUCGUCGUUGUGUCGCCCCGUCAACAGGGCCCGAGUCCUGGGGUUUCUCAAGAACGUCACGACCAUCCCAGUCGCUGAGGUUACCACUGCCGAGUGCGAGUGGGUGCAACAACCCGGUAGGUGCGACCCACCCAGCAACACGGAAGAGGCGUCGGAGGAUCCUCCUGGCACCUUGGAAGAGGAUGAAUAUGCCGAAGAGGACGCGAGCCAGGCAGAUAGCGUUCCUUCCCUCGUAGAGUCCGUUGGCUUGGAGCCCCCAAUGUUGAUACACGGCAGCGCCACCGGGCAACACCACGAAGGCAGCCAUGAUGCUGAGGAUGCCAGCGAAUAUGACACAGAAACCAACGUUCAUGUCGUGGCAGAGGAACAGCCAGAACAUUUCGAUAUUGGCGGAGGAGAAACCCAACGUUCCGAUCCGCCGUCCGAAACGGAGUCUACAGUCGAUGACCAGUCUGCAGUCGAUGAUCAGACUGACGUCGAAGCCGAGGACGCAGAUACAAAGGACAACAACGAAGAAGAAGGCGAGGCUGAGGAACCUGGCGAAUCGAACGACCCCACCACCACGGACGACUGGACGCACGACAUGCCAGUUGCGCCAGAAGAAGACGAAACCGAGCAACCUGAUGAUGCGUCUCAUCCCCACGAGUCCAAUGCCACAGUGGAUCGAAUCCAGGAAUUACAGACCACAUCGGAAGAAAUCUUGGGCGAGGAAGUCAUUCCAAUGCUGAAAGAGUGCAUGAAGAAGGUUGAUGGCUUUAAUGACCGUCGCAAUGGAGCAUUGAUCCACCUUAAGGACGACCUCCAAGCCCAGGCUUCGCAAAUGGAGGAGUGGCACAAGACGGUUCUCGACGGCAUCUGUUUGCAGACCAAGACGCUCCAGAAAAGCAUGCACGAACGGACUAGCAAGAUCACGUCACGUAUCUUCAGUCUGGAAUCCUUUUGUCGCGACUUGCAAAAUAGAAAGGAUGCCGACCAACAGAUGCGGAUGAUCGCCAACCUACAGGCAGAGCAGGCUAAGCUUCGAAACGAUAUCAAAACCCUCCUUAAAGCCAUGGUCACGCAUGUCAACAAAGAUGACGAUGACGACAGUUCUUCUGGAGAAUCUUCGUCCUCGUCUUCUUCCUCGUCCUCCGGUUGGUCUUCCCACAGCGAUGGAAGCAUCCCGAGCGACGUGACUAUAUAUCCCCCCAGGGAGCCCAAAGCAAUGCCAGCGAAGAACACAGAAAGGAAACCGGCCAAGACGGCGACAAAGACCGGAGCAAAGCAGGCGUCAAAGACAGCGAAAAAGACUGAAGGAAAGCCCAGCGCUAAGCCGGCACCAAAACCAGCAAAGGCCUCUUCCGCGAGGAAACUGGCAAUGCCGGAAGACUCGGAGAGAAGCCUCUGCUCCACGGUUGACUCCCUCAUUCUUUACGGAUUUCAUGACGAAACCGAUGGCGAAGCCGCAGAUGCCGUUGCAAAAAUGAUGGAUGCCGCCAAGGCCAAAGCUGCCGCCAACACGCGAAAGGGGGCUGCCAAGUUCACCGGCAAGAGCAGGAACUUCAAGACCAUCGACAAGAAAACCCUUGAAGAUUUCCGUAGUGCGAUUCGCCGUGAAAGCAAAAGAGCACGAAGCACGAGAUUUGCUACAACCCGUGUCGUCCCCCAGAAAACUGUCAAGGGUGCUUGGGGGACUGAGUGA